AUGCCCUCUCUCAUCAAGACAAGUUUUCUUAUCCUGUCAGAUACUCAUGGAUUACGCUUCGAGGAGGAUAGGAAACCCCUCGCACCGGUCGACCUUGUCAUUCAUUGCGGUGAUCUCACGGAAGAUUCUAAGCUGGAAGGCUUCCGAGAAGCAAUUCAACUUCUCAAGGAAAUCGAUGCCCCCACCAAGAUUGUUAUUGCAGGAAAUCAUGACUUCUCUCUUGACGACGGAGUUUUCAGAAAUAAGAUUGCAGAAGCAAGCAGAGUAGCACAAGAGGACCUCGAGAAAAGCAUCAAAGAUGAGUACGUAGACAACGGCGAGGUUAAGAGCCUGCUCAUGGAAGCAGGCCAUGGUAUCAUAUUCCUCGACGAAGGAACGCAUGAGAUUCGUCUCCAGAAUGGCGCCUUCAUGAAUAUUUAUGCCAGUCCAUAUACUCCUACAACAUCCGGAAGCACGGAUUGGGGCUUUCAGUACAAUGGGGCCCAUGAAUUUGCUAUUCCAAGAGGGAUCGACCUUGUGGUGACACAUGGCCCACCGCAUGGCAUAAUGGAUAUGACGCCAGAAAGGCAACGAAUCGGUUGCCCUCAACUAUUCUCUGCUAUUGCAAAAGCGCAGCCCCGAAUUCACUGUUUCGGUCAUGUCCACAGCAGUUGGGGUGCGAAGAUCGUUUCUUGGCGACCCCAGAUAUCAGAAAAUCCAUCCCAUUUCAGCGAUAUCGACAAUGCAAAGUCGCGGGUUGUCGAGAGUCUGCCACGCUUGCAGGGGACGAAAUGGGAGUCUCCGGAAGACAGUAAAGCUCGACAGGACAGGUUGGAGCGAUACGAUUCUCAAAGAUGUUGUGUCGCCAGUUACUGCCAGGGCGAUGAGGAGCAACUGGCUCUCGGGGAGACCUUGUUCAUCAAUGCGGCACUUAUGGGAAGCAAGGGACUCACGCAGUAUCCGUGGCUUGUAGAAAUUGAGCUUGAGCGUCAUCUAAGCGAUGGGAAUUCUACACAUAUCAACUCAACUCAAGGUUCUAUUAUAAUGCCGGAAGUUGAUUAA